CUAGGUCACUAUUCAUAUGCUAUUAUUCAUGGGUGGUGGAAUAGCUGGCAAUAGUAUGAAUUAUUGGUCUGACCCUUAUCCUUUUGGAGUUCCGAUAUAAGGCUCUACCAACCACUUCCCUCAUCUCACAGUGGUUGCAAGGACUUACCAGAUUUAUCCAACAAUAUCGGUCAGUCGAAUCACUUGUCUUUCCUGAUUUGAUUUCCUUUCUAUUUUUGGUCCUAUUUCAUUGGAAUUGUGUGCAUGAAUUUCAAGUACUUCGAUUUUGAUUUCAUGUUAUUAAUUAAUUCUAACACUUUAAUGUGGUACUAAAAGAAAAAUAUGGAGAAAGAGGAGCCUUGCAAUAUAGAGAGAGAUGAGAAUAACGCACUACUUUAGCACAAAGAAGAGAUUGCAGCAUGUAAUAUUAAACAAGUAAUUAUGAUUGGAUCCUUGCAAUUGGGAGGGGAUCCAUAUAGUAACAUGGGAGAAAAGGAGGCCUGCCUUGAUGAGUCAGUCAUAAUCGACUUUCCAGUGGAAUUAGAACCUGACCUGAAUACAACAUUGUUGUAACAGUGCCUAGGUAGUUGCAUAUGGAGUUGUUGUCAGCUGACCAAGUCAUUAGAAUAUUUGUUAUGCAGUUAGCUGACCAUGUCUUUAGGAUAUUUGUUAUUAUUUAUGCUGUUAUGCUGUUUUACUUGUUAAUAGCUAGAAAUUAGGAAGCUGUUAGUCAUGCCUUGUGUUUAGGAAAUAUUUUUGUUUUUUUGUUAAAUGUUAGCUCUAUAUAAAGAGUAGUGCAGUGAAUAAAAAAUAUAUUCUGGUCUUCAAUAUUUUAGCUGGUGUCUUAUAACUACAAAUUGGUAUCAGAGCUAUUUUUCUUGAGGGAUCUGUGAGCUAAGCCAUCUCUUGAGGGAUCUGUGAGUUGAGUGAAUCUAAACACAAACCCAGAAACACAAACCAAAACCAGUAACUUAAAAGACCAGAAACACAAAAACCUUUAGAAAUGGAAGCUGAAACAACAUUUUCUCAUAUUGCUCCACCAAUUUUUAAUGGGGAUAACUAUCAGGCUUGGGCUAUUAAAAUGAUGGUCCAUCUUGAGGCAUUAGAUCUUUGGGAGGCUGUAGAGGAGGACUAUGAUGUUCUACCAUUGCCAGAAAAUCCAACGAUAGUACAACUAAAGACUCACAAAGAGAGGAAGACAAAGAAGUCCAAAGCUAAAGCAUGUCUAUUCUCUGCUGUUUCAAGCACCAUAUUUACAAGAAUCAUGAAUCUACAGACAGCAAAGGCUAUUUGGGAUUAUCUCAGAAGCGAAUACCAAGGCAAUGAAAGAACCAAAAACAUGAAAGUGCUUAACUUGAUCAGGGAGUUUGAAAUGCUGAAAAUGAAGGAGACAGAAACCAUCAAAGACUACUCUGACAAGUUGCUGGGCAUAGUAAACAAGGUGAGGUUGCUGGGUAAGGAUUUUUCUGAUGAACGAAUUGUACAAAAAAUUCUUGUGACUUUGCCUGAAAAGUACAAAUCUAAAAUUUUUUCAUUAGAAGAAUCUAAGGAUUUGUCAAGUAUAUCCUUGGCAGAAUUAGUAAAUGCAUUGCAGGCCCAAGAGCAAAGGAGGAGGCAAAGACAAGAAGGACAGCAAAAAGAAGUACAGCAAGAAAACUGA